UUCAACUUUGGAGCCAUCGUGGAUGAUGAAUGGGCAAGUGGACUGGCGAUAAUGGGAAAUGUUGACUGACCUCCAAUCACAAGCAUCUGGAAAGGACAUUGCUCGACAAGGAAUGACCUCCCCUAAGUGGGCCAUUACAGAACGUACAGAGCCUCUAUCUACGAUAUAUCCAAGACCUAUACAUAAAAGUCAGUCAACUACUUUUUCUUAAGAAAAGUGCUGCUUUCUUUUUAAUGAAGCUCAAGUAAAGAAACAAGAUUCCCCAGGUUGCAGUAGAAUCUAUCAUUCACAGUACACGUAGUUUAAUUAGCCAAGUUCUGUCCUCUGUUGAAAGUGAAGUGCUGACUGCUCUUGAAGGUUGUGAACAUAAGGAUAUUGUCAAAGAUUUGUUUAAAACUACACCAGAUCCUUUUAAUUGUAUGGACACUGAGGCACUACAAACUAAGUUCAUAAAGGAACAUUUUAAUUUUGUUGAUUACAAAGAGAUUACAAUUGGGACAAAGUUUGUUCGAAAAAAAAAAGGAGCGAAAAGAGUUAUUUGUGAAAAAGCGGAGUCUUUCUUUUAUAUUCCUAUUAUAGAAAGCUUGCAACAACUGCUAUUAAAUGACAGGAUAUCAGCCAUGGUUCUGAAAAAGCCAAAUAUGCAUAAAUCAGGAGUGUUCUAUGAUAUGCAUGAUGGAAGUAUUUAUCAAAGAGACAAUUUUUUUGAUGAAGAUAGAAAGUCGUUUCUGAUUAUACUAUACCAUGAUGAGUUAGAAGUGUGCAAUCCUCUUGGAAGCAAAGCAGGUACACAUAAAUUAGACCUUUACUAUUACACAAUCGGUAACAUAAGUCCAAAGUUCAGGUCCAAGCGGUGUGCUGUUCGAUUAUUGGCAAUUGCUAAUGCAAAAUUAGUUAAGAAAUAUGGAAUAAACUGUAUUAUGAGGCCGAUCAUAGAAGAUUUGCAGUUGCUGUAUAACGGACGUACAAUGUUGAUUAAUGGCGUAAACCAGAAGAUCUAUGGCAAAGUAUUAAUGUGUGCUGGGGAUACCCUUGGUCAACAUUAUUUGGGUGGAUUCAAAGAAGGAGUUGGGGUAGCAUUUCAAAAAUGUCGACAUUGUAUGUGUGAGUUUGAUGAGAUGCAAUCUAAUUUUGUUGAGGAAUCCUUCAGACUUAGGACAAGACAAAAUUAUAACAGGCAAUGCUCUGAAAUUGAACAAGCAUCUACAAAAUUUGUAAAGAAAGAUUUGCAAACUAGUUACGGAAUUAAUGUGAGAAGUGCAUUAUGUGAGCUUCCAACAUUUGAUGUGACAAAGCAGCUUCCCCAAGAUAUUAUGCAUACGUUACUUGAAGGAACAGUCCAGUAUGAAGUUAGAUUUGUAUUAUUGCACUUUAUACAGUCUGGUAGCAUUACAUUAAAUCAAAUCAAUGGUGCUAUUGCUAAUCAUGCCUAUGGCUAUUCAGAAGUCUCUGAUAAACCGGGGCCACUUAAAGAAUCUGUAUUUUUUGGUAUAGAUAGGUUUGGAAUACAAAGCAGCCCAGGCUCAUUUAUUUCUACGUUUGUUGCCUUUUAUUAUUGGACCUUUAGUAGACAAAAGCAGUCGUCACUAUACCUUUCUUAUUGAGCUGAUUCAAAUAGUCCAGUUAAUAUUUUCACCAGUUAUUAAGAUUGAAAGCAUCCAAUAUUUAAAACAUUUAAUUAAAGAACAUUUAUUCAACUUCACAGAACUGUUUCCAGAUGUUAAUAUAACACCAAAGCAACAUUAUCUCAUACAUAUUCCAUCUACGAUACGGAUGCUUGGACCAAUGGUUCGUUCAUCAUGUUUUAGCUUUGAAUCGGCACAUAACUACCGUACUUUAAAGAACUUGCUAGAAAGCAAAACUUUAAGAAUUUGACAAUGUCACUUGCUAAGCGUCAUCAGUUUAAUGAUUGUUGCAAUUUUGGUAAUUCAAAUGAGCCAACAGACUCGCACCCCCUGUUUUCAAGUGAAAAAACAUACGGAGUUGUAAGGAAAGUGGAUCAGUUGAGCUGUAAUAACCCGCGCAAUAAGUUUGACGAAUUAGGUCUGUUACCUGGAAUACAGUUAAACAAUGUCUUUAAAACAAGUUGGAUAAAGUUGUAUGGUACAACAUAUAAAAAGGGUGCUAUUGUUGCUGUUGGUACAACUGGUGAUCCAGAAAUUCCUGUUUUUGGUGCAAUAUCACAAAUAUUGUUAAUACAAGAGUAUGUAUAUUUUGGAGUAGACUUAUGGAACACUGUAUGUUUUGAAUACAGUUAUCAGGCCUAUCUAGUAACAGACACCCACAGAUUUUCUUUUUACGCGACCGAAAGUUUAGUUGAUUAUAAUGUAUUUCAUUUAAAGAAUGAUGAAUGUGGUAACAACUACGUUCCUGUUAAAUAUGAUAUUGAUGAUAUUAUAGAAGAAUAUGUUGAAGGAAGGAGUUACUAAACAUGAAGACAUUGUGCUUACAACACAUUUUAUGGAUGUAGGAAAUGUAUUUGAAAGUUAAUUAUCUUGUAAUCUUUUAAUAAUUUAAUUAAGCAAAUAUUGUGUCUUUUAUUUUAUACAAUACAAAUUUUAAUUGAAUGGACAUAAAAUAGUCUACCUAUGAUCAAAAAUGUGAUUAAUAAUUGAUAUGCAUUAAAUAAGUAAGGUAAA